AUGAAAAGGCUCCCCAAAGAAAGCAAGAAACACUGCAAAGAAAACUUUUGUUUUUGCACAGCACCUGUCGCCGACUUCAGUCCGGCGGCCUUCCAGACGGCUAGCACCCAGGGCCCAAUUCCCGGUGUUUUCGCUGAUGAAUCCGCCGUUUUCGGCUUCGAUACACAAGUCAAACAACACAAUACCGAUAUAAAUGGCGCUUUUACGGCCGAGCACAUGAUAAACAGAACUAAUCCAACUGCCCUUGCUGUAGCUAUCCCCCACCCCAAGUAUAUAUCCUACCCUUCUAGAAAAUCAAUCCGCUAG